AUGAAGGCAAAGAUUUUGAUUGAAAUUGACAAAUUCAAAAUCAAGAUCUUCCAGGUCCCAGAGUGUGACCCUGAUAAUAAAGAUCUCUUCAAGCAGCAGACUGAAGAGAUAAAGAGAAGUAUACCCUUUGCUGUUAUUGGGAGUAAUGCAGUAGCAGAGAGAAACGGCAGGAGAGUUUGAGCCCGUGUCUAUCCAUAGGGUAUUGUAGAAAUGGAGAACCCUGUUCACUCCGACUUCCUGAAGCUGAGGAACAUGUUGGUGCGCACGCACAUGCAAGACCUGAAGGAUGUGACACGGGAAACGCAUUACGAGAAUUACCGUGCUCAGUGCAUCCAGAAUAUGACCCGCAUGGUGGUCAAGGAGAGGAAACGCAGUCUGUGUAACCGGCUAAGAGACAGCGCCUCAGACCUUCCUGUGCCUCUGAUGCCUGUGGACGGUGAGACUGAGCGCCUUAUUUGGGAGAAAGAUGAAGAGUUGCGCCGAAUGCAGGAAGUUCUGGAAAGGAUUCAGGAGCAGAUGCAUCACGGAUAUUAAGACAGACUAAUCAAUUAAUUUAAACGUGUUUACAAUAGAAAUAUGGCUUGAAAUGUCAAAGGUUUAAGAUGCAAAAAAUCGCGGUGAAUAUAAUCUAUAAUCUAAUAAUAUAAUAAGUAAAUAUAAUUAACAGUAAAAUGUAUGCAUCUUGUGAAUGUAGGUGUUUGAAGGAAUGUGUCCUAUCUGAAAAGGUAUGGAAUACAUCUACAUAAACAGUCAUAUUUUAGAUUUAAUGUAAAUAUGACUGUUGUGAUACACAAGAAAUAAGAACAAUACAACUUGACUAGUAAAUGUCAUAAGAUUUAUUAUGAAUCGUCAAUGUUUUGUUUUUUUGUAGUAAUCUAGCAUAUUUUAAUAAGUUUUAUUACUAUUUCAGUUAAACAUGGUGGACAAUUCAAUAUUAAUGCAGCCCAGAAUGUACAGGCGAUAUAUAACUUAAACUUUCUCCAUAGGGAAAAUGCAGUUUUUCAUAUAUUUAUAUAUAAUAUCAAUGUAGAAUGAGGUCUAACGGUCCCGCCCACAUCAUACAGUAUAAUACAUGGUCCCAAAAAAUGAAAUAAGGGGAGGGAUUAACAUUUAAACAAACAAACAAAAACUGCAAUCUACAUGCAAAACCAAGCAUCAGUAUGAUCCUAAAAUACACAUAUGUGAAUGCGUGCAUAUACCUCACAUAUAUACAUACAUCCAUCCAUACACAUAUAUUUAAAAUAAUGAAAAACAAAACGCACUAAUAAAUUCCACAACGGUUAGGCUAUUUUUUUUUGUUUGUUUGUUUUUUAACUGAGUGUGAAGCACAGCAUGUGUGCAUUUCCAUCUUCACAUCCCGAAAAAGAAGUCAAACAGAAAAUCCAAACCUCGAUUUUGGGUGGGGUGGGGUGGGGUGGGGGUUGCAGCAGGAAUCACAGUGUUCCAUUUGAAAGUGACAGUAUAAAGCAACAACGUGGUGUACCUAACCAUCGACAGCAAACCAUUAAGCUUACAUAGGGAAACGGUCAGAUGGCUAACUUUGUGCAGGUUCAAUCAAGCAAGUGUAUUGAGAAUGACAGGCCGACUUUUAAAGAAGCACUGCUAUUGGCAAAGGGGCUUUUUGUCCUGAUGUCAACCUCCUAAAAUACUCAUAAACAAGUGCCUACCUCACGACAAUUUACACAAUCACACAUAAUAAUGAAAAAUGGUUGAGCGGCAAUGAACGUAAAAUGGACACAACAGCACCGAUCUACACUGGAAGGGCAGGCGCUUCUAUGAAAACAUCUAUGGUUCAUCUAUGAACGUGCGCGUGAUGAAAAAGAUAGAUUAACGUUAAUGUAUUUUCUAAGACUUCAUUCGACGUUCUUCAUCGUGUUGCUACAAGCACGAGAACAUUGGUAACUGCUGUUUUGAAGAAACGGAAAUGCCCGACACCGCAGCGCCCUGUCACGCGCCGUACGUAACGUUUUUAAUCAUUCGAAACGUUAAUCAAGUAUUACGAAAUAUUGUUAGGUUAAAUAUCUGUGCACUUGCUGCAAGUUAUGAAUGCUUUAAUGUACUUUCAAAUUCAUGUCUUUCUCAGAUGUUGAAUUGUACAUUAGUCGAGUUUCCUCACAACCCAUUCACCUCGACACUUUUAAGACUUUGAGUUUCUUGAUUGCCAACAGAUGCCUGUGACUGCAGGUCAAGUCGUGGCACUCUAAUACGCUUGCGCUUCAUAUUCAGCAAAAAUUGCGUAGGCAGCAGGUGGCGCCACUGGGCUUGAAUUGGGGCUUAGGCACUUAACAUUUCCUAGCAAGUACAGAGACACUUUGAGUAACCUGAUCUGGCUGAAGACUUGACUUUUUUUUAGUCAAAAGCCCCGUUUGACGAGUUUUAAAUGCCCCUAAAAUAGUCACACAGUAAACGUUUUUUUCCCGCAUGCUUUCAGUACUGAGCUUUAAGCACUCAUUUUUGAUUAGUGGAGAUUUUUUUGGUGAAUGAAUGUAAAGCGUGUGAUAAUUUGCAUACAGAAAAAAGGAUAUGAGGGAAAGAAGAAAUAAUUGAUUUGUUUUAGCACUCCACUCUCACA